AAACUGUCAGAACCUCUGCGGCACCCAUGGAGCAGCCGCUGCUGUUGGCGGCUGCGGACGGGCCGGGGGGGGGGCAUACGGCUCUCCCCCCGGGGUCUGGAGGCUCUGCGGGCCCUGCCCGCUCCCCUGCACGUGGUGGCGGCGCUGGGGCCGCCCGAUGGCGGCUCCGUGUUCCUCAUGGAGCAGCUGGCGGGAUCGGGCUGCAGCUUCCCCGGCAGCCCUGGGCUGUGGAUGUGGAGAUGCCCGCACCCCGAGUGGCCCGACCGUGAGCUGCUGCUGCUGCACGCCGGAGGAUUCCUCGGGGGCGAGGAACCGGAGGAUGCCGCCGGGCUGCGGCUCUUCAUGCUGCAGCUGCUGCUGGGCAGUGUGCUGGUUUAUGGCAGUGGUGAUGGCAGUGGUGACGGCAGUGGUGACGCACAGGAACAGCUCGAGCUCCUCACCUACGCCCAGAAGUUGCCACACCAUCUGCGCCUGCUGGAGGAGGAGGAGGAUGAAGAAGAUGAAGACCAUCUGCUGCGCUUCGUGCUGCCGCCCUUCGUCUGGAGCCUGUGCAGCACAGCCCAGACACCCGAGGAUGAGGAGUUGUUGGAGGAUGAGGACCACAAGCUGGAGUCAGCACUGGGCGGCCCCCCAGGCCCCGUGGCACGCUGUGUCCUGACGCUGUUCCCUGAGCAGAAGCUGUUCCGUGUGGCCGACAGCAGUGCCGAGGGCCUAACCCGGCUCUGCACCCACCUGCUGGGCUGUGAUCCCAAAACAGAGCCUGGAGGGGCAGAGGUGGGCGGUGCCUACCUGGCAGCGCUGGCAGAGCGAGUGGUGGAUGCAAUGGAAGAGGAUACAGUGCUGCGGAUUGGGCGGCUCUGCCAGGAGGCCAAGGAGAUGGCACAGCAGGAAACUGGUGACAAGUGGCCCACAGCCACCAACUUUUGGCAAGAUGACACUUCUCUGAGGAACAGUGACACCAGUGACACCAUCCCACAACACGAUGACAUCCCCCAGGCCAGCACCUCCCCAGGACAUGAUGACACCGAUGGUGACACCACUCAACAACAGGAGGAUGCGGCCUGGGUGGAGGCACCAUCCCCCCACCCACUGUCCCCAAUGCCAGCCCCACUUUGCCUGGUUUAUAACAGUGACAGCAACAACCUGUCACUCAACCCCAGAGCACUGGCAGUGCUACGUGGUAUCACCCAGCCCGUGGUGGUGGUGGCCAUCGCUGGGCCCUACCGCACCGGCAAGUCUUUCUUGAUGAACCGGCUGGCAGAGCGGCGUACUGGUUUCCCGUUGGGCCCCACAGUACGGGCGGAGACCAAGGGCAUCUGGAUGUGGUGCCUGCCACACCCACGCCAGCAUGGUGUGGCACUGGUGCUGCUGGACACCGAGGGGCUGGGAGAUCCCCAGAAGGGUGACAACAGCAAUGACUCCUGGAUCUUCUCACUGGCACUGCUGUUCUCCAGCACCCUGGUGUACAACAGCAUGGGCACCAUCGACCAGCAUGCGCUGGAUCAGCUGCGGCUGGUGACAGAGCUGACGAAUCACAUACGUGUGCGGGUGGAGGAUGAAGAUCCAGCAGCUGAGUACAGCCGCGUCUUCCCCAGCUUUGUCUGGGCCGUGCGUGACUUCACACUGCAGCUGCGGGAGGGCGAACGUCUGCUGACUGAGGAUGAGUACCUGGAGGAUGCACUGUGCUUAAAGCCCGGGAAUGGGCGCGUGGUGCAGGAGCACAAUGAGUUGCGGCGCUGCCUGCGCGCCUUCUUCACGCACCGCAAGCUGUUUGUGCUGGAGAGACCGACGGCUGACAAAAACCUGGCACGACUGGAGGAGGUGCGGGAGGAUGAACUGCAGCCACGCUUCCGGCAACAGGCAGAUGCCUUCUGCCAGCACAUCUGGGAGAAGGCGCCGGUGAAGGAGUUGCCAGGCGGGCGCCGGGUGACGGGCAUCAUGCUGGCUUCCCUGGUGGAGAAAUAUGUGGCUACCAUUGUGAAAGGUGAAGUGCCUUGUGUGGAGAGCACAGUGGCAGCACUGGCAAGGACCGAGAACACCCACGGAGAGAUGAUGGUAAAUCCAGACAACCUUCUGCAAGGACCAGAGAUCUGA